GUUCAUCUCGGAAGAGGGAAGGAGCAUCUCAGAGAAAGCUGCGCAGAAGUUGCAGCCCGCAGGAAAAAAGGAGAAUUCUCCCCACAACGAGGGCUUCACCUCCCUCUCUGGGCCACCAGCAUGAUGAAGGACUGCCUGCAGUUCCUCAUAGAGCCGGCCAAAAAGCUCAAGACCAGACUCAAGGAGUCUCAUAAGCGAGUGAAACUAGAGCAGAAGGAGUCGCUGGUGGAGAGUCAGUUAUUCAUCAUGGAACUGGCCCGAGAACUCAACAAAAUUUGCCAGAGGUCAAACAUCCUCGGCCACAUCUGGACCAGCGAGGACAUGUGGCCGGCCGGUGUGUGUCGGGACUUCAUCGUGGAGUGGGCCGCCGUGCUGGAGAAGAGAGUUCAGCCGAGGAUCAUCCUGUCCGAAUACCAGUACGAGAAGCCGGGAAAGAAAGACUGGAAGGAACGUCUCCUCUGCAUGCUGGAGGCCGGGGGCGAGUGUGACAUGGGCCCCCACAAGAGAGUCAUCAUGGACUGGACCCGGGGGAUCAGGAGCAGACCUCAGCCCACCAUCUGGCCGGGCGAGCCCGUGGUCAUGAUGCUGGAGGACCUGGAGUUCCAGUGGAAGAGGGGCCGUCUCCCCAACCUGCUCCCGGCCGUGGAGCUCGUCAUGCUGGCCGUGAUGAACGCCGACAGCCCCGUGAAGGAGGACGUGACGAAGCAGUGGCUGGUGAGCAAGCAGAGGAGCCAGAACGUCGACGCCGUCCGCUACAUCCCCCACAGCGUGUGGAAUUGGAUUUGCGACGCCGCAGAGGAAGUCACUCUUGACUCGGACUCGGCCAACGGCGACCUGCUCAUCUCCGGCGCCGAGAAGCGCAUGCGCUGCGGCCUGGAGCGCCGCGAGGUGCCGCGGUGCCGCCGCCGCUUCGACGGCUGGUGGUGCGCGGCGGGCCGGGACGGCUACGCCUCCGGGCGCCACUACUGGGAGGUGGAGGUGGGCGAGCGGGACUGGCGGCUGGGCGUGGCCAAGGCGUCCGCCGUGAGGCAGGGCUUCCGCUCGCUCACCACCGACACGGGCUACCUGACCCUGCGGCUGGAGAGGGGCGUGGAUCUCAAGGCCCUGACGGUGCCGGCCGCGCAGCUGCCGCUGGGCCUGGCGCCCAGGAAGGUGGGCGUGUACCUGGACUACGAGCUGGGCCAGCUGUCGUUCUACGAUGUGGAGAAGCGCUCACACCUGUACACCUACAACGAGAAGUUCACGGAGGAACUGUACCCCGUUUUCGGGACGGUGGAGGUGGUCAACGACCUGGUGAUAAGGCCUGCGGACGUCAGGCAGCCGUGCCUCUGCCCCGGGCCCUGCCUCUGGAACUGAACUGCUCAACGCACACACACACACACACACACACACACACACACACACACACACACACACACACACACACACACACACAGGGCUCUCAAGUUUUGAAGACAGGCAAGCGUGAGAUUUCCAUCAGCACCCGAUACAGCUGACCGUUGCGCGCGCCGGCAUCGAGCCGAAAAGAGUUGUUGAGGGGGGGGUGCUAGUGACUAUUUUUUUGCUCCAUCCCAAUGCGCGCAGACCGGCGUCGGAGCUCUGCAGCGGAACAAUCGAUCGGCGUAUUGAGCACCCCUGCAUUCAAGCAUUAAAUAGCCGAGAGGUUUUUUCAGCGUGAGGAAUUCGAUGUGUGCCGGGAGUGCGUGAGAUAAGACCGAAAUGCGUGAGUCUCACGCUCAAUGCGUGAGACUUGAGAGCCCUGCACACACACACACUUCAAGUCACUCCUCACACGUGAUCCCCAGCCGCCAGGAGAGUCUGUGCUUUUUAUUUUUGAGCCAUGUGUGCCGGUUCUGGACUCAAAAGUCGGACUCCUCCAGCAAGGGGUUGGAUUACCACGCGAUGCCACACGCCACCAUCAUCAUCAUCAUCAUCGUCCUGCUUCACUCUUUCUGUUACUCUGCCUUCACGGACUAUUUGGGU